UGGUGCGUGAGGCUCCAAAGGCCCUUCGAGGCCGACGUCCCGGCGGAGCUUCGUCAAAUCAGGCACCGUCGUAACAACAUCUUGAUAAUCCUUCCUCCUUGCACACUUUAUUUGCAAGGUUUCCCCUCACUUUGACGGUCCACGAAGCUUGGCCGCUUUGCCGCGCCUCCGCAUCUGAUCGGGCAUUGGCGUGCGCGACAAGGAUGCUUAGUUCUAUCUAUGCACUGUGAGGCACGCGUCGUUGACAACACCUGCGAUCCGGCAUCUCAUCAUCAUCAUCACGAGUCGAGGAAAACAACAUGACUGAGCCCGAGCUUGCAGACCUUAUCCCGAAGCCACAAUUUCUACAAGACCUCGAACAAGACGGCUUUGUGGUCGUGCCCAACGUCCUGCCCAAACCAUCAUGCGACGAGUUCGUCGAGCAGGCUUGGGAGUGGCUCGAGUCGGCUUCCCAUGGCUUCAGGCGGGAUGAUCGAAGCACUUGGACAGCCGAGCAUCUUCCGUACGGCCAUGACAGAGGUCUCUACAACCGCUAUUGUGUCAACCACGAAGCCUUCGUGUGGAGGAUCCGCUCUCACCCGGGCAUUUUGAAAGUCUUCUCUCAAGUCUGGGGAACAGACGAUCUUAUCGCCUCGUUUGACGGCAUCAAUAUCUCUUUACCCGUCAACCCGGAAGUUGGUCGGACAGAUAUUGCGGCGACGAAGCCAUGGCCACACAUUGAUCAGAACCCUCGGACCAUUGACAAGCUAGAACUUUACCAAGGCAUCGCCAACAUUGCGCCAAAUGGUCCCCUAGAUGGGGGAUUGGUUGUGCUUUCCGGUUCACACAAGCUGCACACCGAGCACUUUGACUCGACAGGGGGCUUCAGAGCCCAUCAGGAUUCCGGCCUGGCCGAAAAUGGCUACAACUUUCUGCCAGAGGAUGUUGCGUGGUAUCAUCGUCAAGGCUGCAAACAAGUAAAAAUCUGCGCAAAUGCCGGCGAUUUGAUUCUCUGGGACAGUCGCACCAUUCACUGGAACUGCACUCCAACACAGAGCCAGACAAGAUUCGCCGCGUACGUCUGUUAUUGUCCGCGCAGCCGAAUGAGCGACGAGGACCUGAAGACAAAGAGCGAGAUUUUCGAUCUGCGCAAGGGCACGACGCACUGGCCUAAUAAGAAUAUCGUGCCGGCAGACAGACCCGGCUACCACUACGCAAAGCCAAGGCGUCCCGACGAUUCCUUGGAUUCUGCAAACAGAGAACGGCCCUUCAAUGAACCACAUGUCACGCCAAGUGUCUUGAGUCUUGUAGGUGUGCGUCCGUGA